GUGUGUGUGUGUGUGUGUAAAGUGAGCCGCUUGUUCACACGGACUACCGUCGAUCCGAGGCUCUUACCGGAACAGCGAUCCCGAGCUCGCGCGCGCCGCCGUCAUCUCCGUCAGCUGUGCGCGUGUCGUGAAAGAGAAGGAUCGCACUCUGGAGAGACGGAGAACAUGGACGGAGCACCGGGGACCGGGACCGGGACCGACGCGAGCGGAGCACCGACGCGACGCGGACGCGCAGCCGACGCGCUGCUGUUCGUCUUCAUCAUCAGUCUCGACGUCUUCAUCAUCCAGGCGUCUUCGCUUCGGUUCUCCGAGGAGCCGCAGUCUCAGGAUGCGUUACACGGCCGCAGUGCUAUCCUGCGCUGUGAGCUCAGCGGCCCGGAGGACAUGCGCUUCUGGUGGACACAGGACGGCCGUCGUGUGCAGGACUCGAACCGCCGCUUCCAGGAGGGCAGUAACCUGAAGUUCACGUCAGUGGACCGUCACACAGACACCGGCAGCUUCCAGUGUGUAGCGUCUAGCAACUCCACCGGAGACACCCUGACCUCCGCCAGCGCCUCCUUCAACAUCAAGUGGCUGGAGAGGGGGCCAAUUACAAUGAACGAACCCGCCUCAGAGGCGGAGCUAGAGGAGGCUGAGCGAAUCGUGCUGCAGUGUCACAUUGAUGGACAUCCACGGCCGAGCAGUAAAUGGUUCAAAGAUGGAGUUCAGCUGGACAGAAAGGACCGGAUCCUGACACUGACCAACCUCAGCACAUGGGAUUCUGGGAUAUACUCCUGCUGUGCUCAAAAUGCUGCUGGAAAAGUGUGCAGUAACAGCAACAUCACCCUCAAUAUUUUUGAUAAGUCGGUUCCCCGUGUGCUGGUGUCUCCGGUGGAUCAGGUGGUUCUGCGUAACGAGGAGGCCGUGUUUCACUGUCAGUUCAGAGCCAAGCCGCCGCCGCUGAUCGAGUGGUUCCAUGACGCAGAACCCGUCGUCAACAAAUCACAGGUUGUGGUGUAUGCUAACGGCACACUGCACAUCACUCAGGUGAAGCAGCGCAGCACAGGUGUGUAUAAAUGUGUGGCUCAGUAUGGAGAAAACAAACAAGUACAUGUGGAGGCAGCGCUCAGGAUCGCAGAGAUGGCAGAUAUGGGCGAGCGCUUGUGGCGUGUGUUCUCUGCGGGCCGCGGGGAGCGUGUGCGCUGUAAACCUCCGCGGGGGCAGCCCGAGCCACAGGUGUGGUGGGAGCGUGCGGGAGCUCGAGUGGCGUCUGAGGGUCGAGUCUAUCAGCGGGACGGAGAUCUGAUCUUCAGCCCCACAGACGCAUCAGACUCAGGCGUCUACACGUGUGUCGCCCGCAACACGGCCGCACAGAAGCAGCAGGAGCUCGUGGUCACAGUCGCCACCUCUCCAGAGUGGAUCGUUCAGCCGCAGGACACACACGUGGAGGAGGGUCAGCCGGGAUUCCUGCACUGUCACGCACGCUCCACACCUGAGCCACGGGUCACAUGGUACCGCAAGAGCGUCCCGAUCACUGAGGAGGGCUCUCGUUACAAGCUCUUCUCUAACGGCACGCUGAGGAUCAACAGCGCAGAGGUGAAGGACAAUCAGACGUACAGCUGUGUGUGUGAGACGGAGGCCGGAUCGCUCAGAGCACACGCACAGCUUCUCAUACUGGAGAAGCUGAAGUUCACUCCCGUCCCGCAGUCGUCUCAGUGUCUGCAGCUGGAGCGAGAGAGCAGUGUGAGCUGUGUGGCUACAGCACGAGAGACGCCCAUCAUACACUGGAGCAGAGCAGACGGAGCUGACCUCCCGUCACACGCCGGUCAGAUCAACGGGGUUCUGCGCUUCAGUACAGUGACCCGCGCAGACGGAGGAAACUACACGUGUGUGGCGUCCAGCAGCUCGCAGGGAGAGAUACAAGCUCACGUCCAUCUCACUGUAGGAGUUGAGGUGGAGUUUAAGCUGCAGCCGGAGCAGACCACGGUCUAUCAGGGUCACACAGCCGUGCUCCACUGUCAGGCGUCCGGUGACCCGCAGCCGUACGUCCAGUGGAUGCUCAGAGACACACUGCUCCUCAGCAGCAGCUCCAGCAGGUUUCAGAAGAUGCCGAACGGCUCUCUGGUCAUUAGUGAUGUGAGCACUGAGGACACGGGUGUGUACACCUGCAUCGCAGGAAACACCUGCAGCAUCAGAGACACGGCGGCGCAGCUCUAUGUCGUGGAGAAGCCUGUGCAUCCACCCAUUGUAGACGAGGAUAAGAGUCAGUUUAAGAUGUUCCAGACCAUCGCUCUGUCCGUGGCCGUGGCCGUGGCAUACAUCAUCGCUGUUCUGGGACUGAUGUUCUACUGCAAACAGAGACGCAAGAACAAACAGCUGCAGAAGAACCGUGCCGGAGAAGAGCCCGAGAUGGAGUGUCUGAACGGUGUUCAGCUGAACGGACACAGGAUGUCUGAGAUCCAGGAGGAAGUGGCUUUAACCAGCGUGAGACCUUCAGCAAACUCAGAGAAACAGCAGAGCUUUCCCAGAGCGCACCUGCAGACCAUCACCACACUGGGGCGUGGUGUGUUCGGCGAGGUGUUUCUGGCUAAAGCGAGGGCGAUCGAGGAGGCCGAGCCGGAGACGCUGGUGCUGGUCAAGAGUUUAGAGAGUCAAGAGGAAACGCACCGAGCCGAGUUCAGACGAGAGCUGGAGAUGUUCAGCAGACUCAAUCACGCUCACGUCGUGCGACUGCUGGGAGUCUGCAGAGAGACACAUCCUCAUUACAUGAUCCUGGAAUACGUGGAUCUGGGAGAUCUCAAACAGUUCCUCAGAAUAUCAAAGAGCAGCGAUGAGAAACUCAAGCCACAUCCCAUCAGCACUAGAACUAAAGUCUCCAUCUGUGCUCAGGUGGCUCAUGGGAUGCAGCAUUUAUCAAAGAAGGGUUUUGUGCACAAAGACCUGGCGGCCAGGAACUGUCUGAUCAGCGGACAGAGACAGGUGAAGGUGUCUGCGCUCAGUCUGAGUAGAGACGUCUAUAACAGUGAGUACUAUCAGCACAGGCAGGUGUGGAUCCCGCUGCGCUGGCUGCCGGGUGAGAGUGUGUUUGAGGGAGAGUUCUGCAGUAAGUCAGACGUCUGGGCGUUCGGGGUGCUGAUGUGGGAGGUGUUCAGUCUGGGCGAGCUGCCGUACCCCACACUCAGUGACCAGCAGGUGCUGGAAGGUCUCCAGGCAGGUACUCUACGUUUGUCUCCUCCAGUGAACUGUCCUGCUCACGUCUGCAGUCUGAUGAGCCACUGCUGGGCGUCCAGCCCUAAAGAACGGCCCACGUUCAGCGAGAUCCUUCAGAUUCUGACUAAUUCUUCCGCAGACACCAAAGUCUAGAGGAUCACGACUGCCAUCAGACACUCAAUCACACACAUUUCAGACGUGAGAGUCUGCUCCGAGACUCGCUCGGGAUCAAACACACUUCUGUCCCAUUAAUGACCUGUUUACGCUUCUGUAGAAGCUCCAUCCUCUCGUUGGAGCCUCAGGGACCCCGGGGAUGACCUUUGACCUCAGCAGCGCAGGACAAUCACAAAUCCAUCAGGUUACAGAUCCAGGACGAGUUACUGCACACACAUGCUGGAAUCACGUCACGCCUGCGGCUCCCAUCACGCACUGAAAACAGCAGUGCCUACAGUCGAGUCUGUGUGUGUGUAUGAGUGUGUGUGUGUUUUCACAGGAUGAUGUCACGGAACGCAUCAUUAGUGGAGAUCAGUCACUUGUUUGUGGGAAACAGAGAUUAAUGAUGAAGUUAGAGAUUGACGUACAAACCUUUAAUAUGACAACAAACUCACUAAUUAACCUGUGUGUGUGUGUGUUUGUGUGAGGAAAGAGAGAUUUUUGUCAAUAAUAACAUGAUCUUUGUUUCUCUGAGGUGCACACAGGUGACUGUAUUAUUGUAAUAAAUAAAUAUGCAACGCCUUAGAUUGCAAACAUUUCUAAGCCAUGAUUAAUUACAUAUUAUUUUAAUACCCAGUUCACUGUCCAUCUCUGCAAAAUCCCUCCUCAAACACACCUGACAAACUUGGAUGAUAUGCAGAUUACACUUCAAACUUAAGGUGUCAUGUUGGCGUGUUGUGAUUAGAUCAGCGGUUCUCAACCAGGUCCAGUAUGGGUUCUCAAAAAAAAAAAAAAGAA